GAGGAUGCGCCUGCACUGACCUGGGCUGAGCUCUGGAAGCUGCACAGGGCACACUUGCAUGUCUGCUGCGCUUUGGAUGCAGCGGGUUCAUCAUGCAUCACUGCAGAAAGGCAACCGCUCUCGCCUGGGAUAGUACACUUUUGACUGAAGGAAACCGCCAAACCGGGCUGUUUGCUGGCACUGGGGCAUAUCAACGAAUAAUCAGAGAAGAGUAGAGAAGACGCGGCACAGAUCUAGAAAGCUUCACCUGGGAGAAGCUGUUCAUUUUCACUGCAGCGACAUUUAACUGCGUUCUAUUCCUUCGCGUACAAACCUAAAACAGCGUGCAGCCCUACUUUUUGUUUCUACUGCGAAAUAAUCCGUGUUUCAUCUCCAUGUGGAUACCGAGUGAAUUAGCACUUGUUGCAUUUCUUCUGGAGUGCUCUUCCCACGCGAGAGCUAUUCCUCCUGAAUGCGACCCGAAUUACAUAUUACACCAAGAUGAAGUGGACUGUAUGGAGCUGCUGAGGAUCAACGGGAGCUCAUCCAGCCUCCAGGAGUGUAGGGGCUUGUGGGACCAUCUGAACUGCUGGCCCCAUGCUCUGGUCGGAGAGGUCGUGUCUCAGCCGUGUCCCAGGUUCCUACAUACUACAGGUAGAGUGUUCAGGAACUGCACAGAGCAUGGCUGGACUGAGCCCUACCCUCCACACGAGAUAGCAUGCGAGUAUGGCUUCAAUGAAAGCCUCCCUCUAGAGGCACUCAGGUCCCAGAGCUACUUCCUGGUCGUGAGGGUCAUGUACUCGGUGGGCUACGCUGCCUCUCUUGCGUCGCUUACCAUCGCUGUUACCAUUCUCUCUCUCUUCAGGAGGCUCCACUGCACACGCAACUUUGUCCACAUCCAGCUCUUCCUCUCUUUCAUCCUCCGAGCAGCACUCAUCUUCAUCAGAGACUCUGUGCUUUUCUCGUCUGAGGACCAUUUUCACUGUGGCAUCUACCCGGUGAGUUGUAAACUUGCAACAGCGCUCACCAACUACUGCAUCAUGGCCAACUACAGCUGGCUCCUGGCUGAGGGCCACUACCUGUACAGCCUGGUCAGUGUCUCCCUGUUCUCCCAGAGGAGACACUUGUGGUGGUACAUCAUCCUUGGCUGGGGUUCUCCGAUGGUUAUUAUAAUAGGCUGGAGCUGUGCCAGGUAUCUUCAUGAGGAUGAGGGAUGCUGGGAGACCAGGAGGCACGAGUGGAUCUGGUGGAUUCUCAGAGUUCCUGUUCUCCUUUUUAUUAUAGUGAACUUAAUAUUUUUCCUGUGCAUUAUAAAAAUACUGUUAGCCAAGCUGAGGACACAAGACAUGCCUGGCAAUGAGUUUAACCAUUACAGGAAGCUUGCUAAGUCAUCGUUUCUCCUGGUGUCGCUCUUUGGUUUGCAUUACAUCCUCUUUGCCUUCCUUCCAAAUCAAGUUGAUGACAAGUCCUAUGAAAUAUGGAACUUUAUUGAGCUGGCUUUUGCCUCCACUCAGGGGUUCGUAGUCGCAGUUUUGUACUGUUUUCUGAAUGGAGAGGUGCAGAAUGAAAUCCAGAGGAGGUGGCGAAGGUGGAGGCUGAGGCAGCGUCUGCAGGUGGGGCCCAGGAGACAGUGUGGCUCCAUAAGCCAGAGUGGAGGGGGCCCCACCAACAUCUCUCUGCUCAACAAAAGACCCAACACACCCCAGUCUUCUCUGGUCUAACAGGAGUCAUCACUGCAGUCAAGACCGCUUAAGUUGUGUCCACGUUUGAAACAAGGACUCCAUUUGCCUGUAUGGAGCCCUAUUUAAGAUGCAAACAGCUGUUAAACAGGGUGUGCCUCUUUCCAAAAGUAAAUAUAAUCAACAAUCAGUCAACUGCUCCUUACGUUUAUGGAGCAUUACACACACAGAUUCCAAUGUGUCAAAUCACCUAAAUUAACACAUCUUUAAUACCUCAACAUACCAGAAAAGUUUCCGUCCCUGCUGAGGCAUUUGGACUCCAUGAAAGAGUUAAAACAUGAUGCACACCCACACAAGUUAAUGAGACAGCCAUCUGCUACAGUUUGUCAAGUUUUACAGUAUAAUACUGCAUGUCUUGCUUUGUGUUAUUUAUUUACUCAUUGAUGUUUGACCAUGAAAUAUUUUUGCUUGAACUGUGUAUAUGUUGCUGCACUUCAUUUUACUUGCAGAGACAGAUGUGUGAACUUGAUAAAGAUGAUAAUAAACAUUGCGCC